AUGCCCUCCAAAACCCCCACUCCAUCCGACUUCCCGUCCCAACUCACCGUCACCGUCACACCCACAUCCACAUCCUCAGCCCCAGCCCCAAACAUUCUCCUCCUCCUACACGGUCUCGGUGAUUCAGCUGCAGCCUUCACAAAGUUCGGCGAAGCAUUACAUUUACCGGAGACAACUGUCGUGACAGUUCAGGGAACCGCCCCGCUCCCCUUCGAUCUAGGUGGUUUCCACUGGGGCGACGAUGUCUCCUUCGACUCCGCGACCGGAGCCAUAGACAUGGACGCCGGACUAGUCCGGGCCACAAGGAUACUAGUAGAAGAUGUUGUGCGCGACACACUCAUCCGCAAAUGCGGCUACUCUCUACGGGAGAUCAUGAUCCUAGGAUUCGGCCAAGGAGGCAUGGUCGGACUCGUCACUGCCCGGGAACUGGGGAUAAGAAAUAACGAACAACAAAGCGGUUCUCUAUCCGGGGUGAUUUCCAUUGGAGCGCCAUACCCCUUGUCCGGGUCACGGGUUGGACCAACAAACCGUUCGCCUGUGCUGCUUGUUUCUGGCCGGGACUCGGUUGUCGUCUCUGAUGAGGCGGUGCGGAGGACGAAGCAGGUCUUCGAGUUUGUGGAGGUUAGUCGGUAUGCGCGGAAGGGAGAUUCGAUGCCUUCGAGUCGGGAUGAGAUGUUGCCUGUGAUGCAGUUCUUUGCACAUAGGCUGAGGAGUAGACAGGGUGUUCCUGAGGGAAGUAUGGAAAUUAGUUGA